AUGGAUUUUUACAAAGAUGAAUUAUUAGAAACAUGCUUCAGAGAUGUCUUUCAGAGUGAAAAAGAAGGAAGAAUAAAGAUAGAUGAGUUCACUGAACUUGAAGAAAUCUUAAAUACUAUUAGAGAAAGAUUCAAAGUCGACGAUCCUCCAAAUAUUCUGAUUGAAAUGCAAAGAUUAGAAAACUACAUUGAAAAAUACAAGUUUGAAAUCAAUGAAAUCAUUAUCAAUUACAAUUUAAUUCAGAUUUUAAUUGCAACAACCGUAAUAGCAGAUUAUGAUCCUGAACAAGAUCCAACCAGACAUCAGAUUGCAUUAUCUUCAUUUAGAGUUGUAGAAAUGCUAUUUUACAAGAAAAAAUACGGAUUUAUUCUUUAUUUCGUCGAAAAAAAUUAUAUUUCAAUCAUUAUCGAAAAUCUGACUCAUCUUGAUCCAGAGAGGUUAAUUUUGGCUCUUAAAGCUUUAAAUUUAAUGAUUUACAACUAUCCAUUUUAUAAAUCCGAAGUUUUGAAGAACGAUGCGAUACCAAUACUAGUUGAUUUAGUAGUUACAGCACACGAUGAUACUUCUAUGAUGUUAACUUUAUGGCUUUUGUUCAAUUGUACGAUAGAAGGAGCAGGUCCUCAUUUAUCUGAAAUAAUUAGUGCAUUAGAGUACUUGGCUUCACUUCAGAUGCCACAAAUUACACAGUUUUUGUUUUAUAUUUCAUCAAAUAUAUGUAUUUCAAGGCCAGUUGCAGUUGCAUUUGCAAAUUUACCUUAUUUUAAUAAACUCAUUAACAAAGCGAUGAUAUGUGAUAACAUUGAUCUUAAAUCAGCAUCGUACGUGCUCAUUACUCAUAUUUUAACAUGGUAUUACGAAGAUGCUUCUGAAAAUGACCCAACACCGCGAUUUAACUACAAAUCAAUAGUUAGAAAUAUCACUAGAGAUGUUGAAGAAGAAGUUGCUGAAGAAUCUAUUGAAACAAUCGCUAAUAUUAUUCGAUAUGGAGAUAUCGGAUUAAUUUUGCUUUCAGAAAACUUAAUUGAGAGGCUAGAUGAUGUUUAUGAAGAUGUUGAAGUUAAUUUUAAGACAUCUUGCGCAUUAAUUCACUCUGUUAUUUUACAUAAAGGAAAUGAUGAAAUUUUUCAGGCUCAAUUUGAACACAACGCUCUUAAAAUGAUGGUAUAUGCUCUUGAAGGUAAUAAUCAAGAGGCAAACAAUAAAAUUUUAGGAGCUUUGAUAAUAUUUUUUGAUUUUCUCAGCAGAACUAAUCAACUUGAUGCUGCUGAAGAACAGAUGAACGAGAUUGAUGGAUUUGAUACUCUCCUAGAACAUGGAGACUCUGAAAAUCCUUCAUUAUCUUCAAAAGCAAACGCAAUUUUGAUGCUUUUCGAAGAAAAUAAAGAAUAA